AUGUGUGUGGUUGGGGUUAGUCAGCUGUGUCCUGAGACACCCAUCAGGCAUUUUGGAGGUAAGAGCUUUGUUUUGGCUGUGAUUUUACUACUGGGUUUUGCAUUUUCUGGGUCUUGUGAUGUGGUUCCAAUGGUUUCUGUGCCUCUUGGAUUUGAGAUUUCUGGGUUUGAUAGCAGUAGGAUUUGGGUGUCUCACAAUGGGGUUUUUGCAUUUGGGUUCUUGGAGGGUUGUGAGAAAGUUGAUGGUGUUGAUGGGUUUGUGGUUGGUAUUGGGUAUAACUUAGGUACCAGGGCUGCAAAUAAGCCAGUUUGGACUAUUGGUGGGGGACUCAGAGUUUCUGAAAACUCCACACUUAGGCUUUCCAUGGAUGGGAGGCUAGUCUUGGUUGAAAACCCUAACGGGUUGGUUGUCUGGAGUAGUAACACCUCUGGUUUGGGUGUUCAAAAAGCUAGCCUUUUGGACAAUGGGAACCUGGUGCUCUUGGGCAAUGCAGAUAAAGUGCUUUGGGAGAGCUUUAAUAGCCCCACAAGCACUCUUCUUCCUGGUCAGUCACUCCAUUUCCCUCAAACCCUUAGGGCCCCUUCAACAAAAACAAUUUCAAGCUACUAUAGUUUUGUGAUUCGCGGAUCCGGUGAGCUUGCCCUAGUGUGGGAGAACAAUGUGACCUAUUGGAGGAGUCAUGCUCAGUUGAGUUCCUCUGUCAUUGUUAAAGAAGCCCGAUUUGACUCUAAUGGGGUUUUAGGACUAUUUGAUAGUGCUAAUAGAACUGUCUGGUCCAAGUCGAGUAAGGAUUUUGAAGACCCUUCUCUGGUUUGGAGGCAUCUUAGGAUUGAUUCUGAUGGGAACUUGAGAAUUUACUCGUGGGAUAAUGUGAUUCAGGCAUGGAGAGUAGGUUGGCAGGCAGUUGAGGACCAAUGCAAUGUGUUUGGUUCUUGUGGUUUGUAUAGCUUAUGUGGGUACAAUUCUACUGGACCUGUUUGUGAUUGUCUGUAUGAGGAUUCUUUGAAUUUGGGAACUGGCUCUUAUGGGAUGGAUUCAGGUAGUUUUGGGUGCAAGAAAAUGGUGGAUUUGGGAAACUGUAAAAUGAAUACAAGCAUGAUGGUUCUGAAACGAACGGUCCUUUACGGUCUCUAUCCCCCUCAAGAUGUUGAUAUCAUGUUAAGUGAGGAAGCUUGCAGAGAGUACUGCUCCAAUGAUACUACUUGCAUUGCCGUAACUUCAAAGAAUGAUGGCUCGGGUCUUUGCACAAUCAAAAGAACAAGCUUUAUCAGCGGGUAUAGGAAUCCUUCUGUCCCUGCUACUUCAUUCUUGAAGGUGUGUUUGGUCCCUCAGGCAGUUUUAGCUCACAGUGCUAACCCCCAUGGUAAUUCAGGGCAAAUUCAAAUGUUGUCCAAAAGAUACUUUGCUUAUGGAGCUAAUAGUAAGAAAUUUGUGGAAGCUAUUGCUUUAAUAGUUCUGGUAACGCUCGUGGGCUUUCUGACCAUGGAGAUGUUUGUGUUUUGGUUUAUCCAUCGGAGACGGAAAAUUGAGGCUCAGACGAGAAUUCCCUUUGGGAAGGAUGCUCAGAUGAAUUCUCAUUACAGUGUUCUUAUUAGAUUAUCCUUUGAAGAGAUAAAAGAGCUGACUGCUAACUUUGCAACUCAGCUUGGGCCCUCUGUUUUUAAAGGUGUACUCCCAAACAAGACACCAGUAGUUGCCAAGGUGCUAAAUAAUGUAGUUGCAUCUGAGAAGGAUUUCCGGGUGGCAGUUUCAACCUUGGGUGGCACCCACCAUAGAAACCUUGUAUCACUAAAGGGGUUUUGUUUUGAGCCAGAACACAAGUUUUUGCUUUACGAGUACAUCCCAAAUGGAUCUCUGGAUGAGUUGCUUUUUAGCACAAAGUGGAACCAAAAUGAAGUGGAUUGGCAGCAGAGGCUUGAUAUUGCCCUUGGAGUAGCACGAGCCCUUGCUUAUUUACACACAGAGUGCCAAACAUGCAUUGCUCAUGGAAAUAUGAAGCUGGAGAAUGUCUUGCUUGAUGAGAAGUUAGUCCCUAAGUUGAUGGAUUUUGGACUACAGAGCUUACUCCAGGAGGAGCCAGCUUCUUCUUCAGAGUCUCCCUCAGAGAGAGAUAUUUACAUGUUUGGAGUAAUGUUGCUGCAAACUUUAACAUGCCAGAGGGAUGUUCAUGGGGACAAUCUGCACCACUUAAUUGACAAGAUGAAUCAAGAACAAAAACUGAAGGGCAGCGAGGAGUGGGAAGGAGUAGAAAGAGUGGUGAGGAUAGCUUUGUGGUGUAUGCAAAAUCAACCAUUCUUACGGCCUUCCAUUGGGGAGGUAGUUAAGGUAUUAGAAGGCACACUUUCAGUAGAUAAGCCUCCGUCUGCUUUUCCUUUCAGACGGGAGAGCCGGAUGGAUGAAAGAGUCUUAACUGAGAUUGAGGAAGUUCCCUAG